AAACAUCCUCUCUCCCGUGUCCUCAUCGGCCCUCCUAACGACUCUGAUUCGCUUGAUCCGCUUGAUCCACUCGAUUCCGCCGUUCGCCAAGGACGGAUCCAGGGCCGCAAAUUUUCAACUUCGCGUUAUUCCCGCUCGUGCCGUCGCACGUAAUUCGUAAUCGAUAUUGUCUCUCCUCUUCUCCCUCUCUGCUUAUUUCUUGGUGCUCCCCUCGAGCUCUCCCAACCUGCACGGAGACAAAAUGGGGGUCAUCUUCUCGUUAACAUUACAUUGACGCAAGCGUACGUCCUACUGUAACUGCUGCGCCGCUCGCCCUGUCUCUCCCAACCUAGCAUGCCAUCCCCCGACGGAUGCCCAUGGGAAAGUGCCGGCCAUGUGAAACACCAGCCUGUCAGAUCUUCUGCCGGUCCCUCGCAGCCACAGAGCAUCGACGAGUCAACCCCCAUAACGUACCGUUACCUUACCUUCGACACCGACCUCCCCACGCCAUACACGGCCGCCCUGGACCCAGACGACGCCCGCGCCGCCCUCCCGCCGCAGCCCGACCUCACCAAGCUCGGCUGCCCCCAGAGAUGGCCAUCGCACCGCAAAAACAUCAUCCUGGCCCUGGCGUGCGCCGCCACCUUCCUCACCGCCUACUCGUCCGGGUCCUACGCGCCGCCCGUGCCGGCCAUGGCCGAGGACCUGGGCGCCAGCGAGCUCGCCACGGUGGCGGGCAUCACGACGUUCUGCGUCGGGUUCGCGCUGGCGCCGAUGGUGCUGGCGCCCCUCUCCGAGGUGUACGGGCGGCGGCCGGUGCUGGUGGCGUCGGGGCUGGUGUACGUGGCGUUCCAGGCGGUGUGCUCGGUCAUGCCGGGCCUGGCGGGGAUGCUGGUGGCGCGGCUGCUGGUGGGGACGGGGGGGUCGGUGUUUAGCUCGGUCACGGGCGGGGUGAUUGCGGAUGUGUGGGCCAAGGAGGACCGGAAUGGGCCCAUGGCGCUUUUUAGCGGCGCGGUGCUGGGGGGGACGGGGAUGGGCCCGCUUGUGGCGUCGGUUAUGAUGGAGAGGAUUGGGGGUGCGGGUGGGGACGGGACGUUGGCGUGGCAGUGGGUGUUUUGGCACCAGGUCAUCGCCGGGACGGUUCUGCUGGUCGGGUUGGUGUUUUGGCUGAGCGAGACGCGCGGGUCUGUCCUCUUAUCGCGGAAGGCCAAGACGCUGAAUCGCUGGUAUGAACGGCUUGAGGAGGAGGCCGGUGCUUAUGGUGUUUGGGUAGAGGAGGACGAAGGAAAAGAAGAAAUAGAAACAGAAAAAGAAGAAGCAGAAGCAGAAGCAGAAGAACACGAAGAAAAGGAGAUUGUCGACGCGAGGGAAGCAUCUCCGGAGGGUACCGUCGUCUCGGAUUCCGAGCCGGAGGAGAAGAUGAACACGCCCAUGAGCGACGACGACGACAGCGCUGGCACUACCAACAGUCAUGUCCCUUCUCUCACCCCGCGCCGACGACUCGUACGCCUGCGGUGGACAGUCAAGGAAGACGAGGAGCGCGCAUCCCUGACCGAGCUGAUGAAGACGUCCGUAACGCGGCCCUUCCACCUCCUCUUCACCGAGCCGACCGUCUUCUCCUUCUCGCUCUGGUGCGCCUUCGCCUGGGCCGUGCUGUACUGCCAGUUCGGCAGCAUCUCCCUCGCCUUCGCCCGCCGGCGCGCCUUCGGCAUCGAGCAGUCGGGCUACUUCUUCGGCGCCAUCACGGCCGGGUCCGCCGUCGCCACCGCCGUCGCCGUUGCCCAGGACCGGCUCCUCCUCCUUCCCCAGUGGCGCGCCGACCUCCCACCUCCCGAAGGCGGUGCCGUCUCGGCCUCCUUCUGGCGUGUCGUCCGCCGUCGCUUCCCCGCCGAGGCGCCCGAGUGCCGGCUCUAUUUCACCUGCGUCACCGCGUGUUUCCUCCCCGCGGGCCUCUUCCUCUUCGGCUUCACCGUCCGCCCGGACGUCCACUGGGUGGCGCCCGCGGCGGGGAUCUUCCUGGCUACGUGGGGGAUCUACUCCGUCUACCUGGCCACCUUCAACUACUUCGCGGACAUCUAUCACAAGUACGCGUCGUCGGCUCUCGCGGCCCAGUCGUGCUGUCGGAACCUGCUUGGCGGGGCCUUCCCUCUGGUCACCGGCGCGCUGAUCCGGAAUCUUGGCGAGGAGAGGGCUGGGUCGUUGCUGGGCGGCAUUGCUGCGGGGCUUACUUUGAUACCUUGGGCUCUGGUCUUUUUUGGAGAGACGAUCCGGUCGAAGAGCAGGUUUGCUAUUUCCCUGGAACGACAAGGGUGAUCCCAUUCCCUUUGAGGGCUUAAAGGACGUUCAUAUGCGUUGUCACUACAUAGAAUAUACUUUACAUCGUAGUUUAUUGGGGGGGAGGAGUCCAUUUAUGCGUUGAUUAGGUUCAGGGAUCGAGAGGUUUAGCAUAGAAUUAUUGGCGGUUCUUUUUGGAGUAGAGAACGGUCUCCAGGACGCAUUAACUACAUUAUUUACGG